UGAUAUUUGCCUACCCGCUUUAAUCCAUUUCGAAUGGGCCAAAAGGCGGCCCGCUGUCCACUGUAAUCUGACUAAAAUCUUAAACCCUAACUUCUUUUCAAUUUCAUUCGCAGAGUUCACAACCGACCAUGGGUAUUGAUCUGGAAGCGGGUGGCAAAAGCAAGAAGACGAAACGCACAGCUCCGAAGUCCGACGACAUUUACUUGAGACUCCUUGUGAAGCUUUACCGAUUUUUGGUGAGAAGAACCGGAAGUCAGUUCGAUGCCGUCAUCCUGAAGCGUCUGUUUAUGAGCAAGAUCAACAAGCCUCCGCUUUCUCUCUCCAGGCUCCUUUCCUUCAUGAACGGAAAGGAGGACAAGAUUGCUGUGUUAGUUGGCACUAUUACCGAUGAUUUAAGAGCUUAUGAUGUCCCCGCAAUAAAGGUUUGUGCUCUGAAGUUCACCAAAACUGCAAGGGCCAGAAUAGAGAAGGCAGGCGGUGAAUGUUUGACUUUUGAUCAGUUAGCUCUUCGUGCUCCUUUAGGACAGAACACGGUUCUGCUGAGAGGUCCUAAAAAUUCUCGUGAAGCAGUUAAACACUUCGGCCCAGCUCCAGGUGUUCCACACAGUCACACCAAGCCUUAUGUCCGUGCCAAGGGGAGGAAAUUUGAGAAAGCAAGAGGCAAAAGAAAUAGCAGGGGAUACAAGGCUUAAUUUUAUUGUUGUGAGGCAAAACAAAUAUCAUUUGCACUCUGGUAUUGGGAUUUUGCAAGAUAUUAUCUAUCAUUAGUGUGAAUUGUUUCACUCCAGUGCUUAGUUGAUUUCAAACUUUUUGAGGUGUAAAAUUUUGGAUCUUAAAUUUACUUAUAUACCCAAUUGUGUCUUAAAUUUUGUUGUUGGACAGUUCACACAAUCAUACUAUGGUGAAUGGGGCCUCAUCUAAUAAGCAAUUUGCCUCUCCAUUU